GCGUGACGUCGUUGAGGUGCGCCGGCAGUGAGCGAGAGUGCGAAUUGCUGUCUCACAGGGCCGGCGGUCCUCGGUUUUUCACCUUAAUCCACGGACUCUCGGUGAGCGGGCCCCGUGAUGGAGUACUUGAUCGGUAUUCAGGGCAGGGACUUCGUCCUGGUGGCGUCUGAUACGGUGGCUGCCAGCAGCAUCAUCGCCAUGAAGCACGAUUAUGAUAAAAUGUUUAAACUGAGUGAGAAGAUCUUAUUGUUGUGUGUUGGAGAAGCUGGAGACACGGUCCAAUUUGCAGAAUACAUUCAGAAAAAUGUACAGCUUUACAAAAUGCGAAAUGGUUAUGAAUUGUCUCCUACGGCAGCUGCUAACUUUACUCGUAAAAACUUAGCAGAGUACCUCCGCAGCCGGACUCCCUACCAUGUGAACAUGCUUCUAGCUGGUUGUGAUGAACAUGAAGGCCCUGCACUUUACUAUUUGGACUACUUGGCGACUUUGGCGAAAGCGCCUUUUGCUGCUCAUGGAUACGGAGCUUUCCUGACUCUCAGUAUCUUAGACCGAUACUACAAACCAGAUCUCACGCGCGACGAGGCAGUGGAGCUCUUGAAGAAAUGCUUAAAAGAGAUCCAAAAACGAUUUAUUCUGAACCUUCCCUCCUUUACUGUCCGGAUCAUUGAUAAGAAUGGUGUUCAUGAUAUGGCGCAGAUUUCUGUGUCAGAGAUAUAAUUUUACCCUUUUUUGGCUUUUUUUUUACUUGUAGAAAUUUAUUAUGUAUACAGACCCAAUAAAGCCUGAGGUUCACUAAACUGUGGAGUUUAUUUGAAAAUACAACCUCACUUAUACACAAACACAUGAUUUUACACUUCACAUUUAUGUUGAUACAACAUUCGAUGGCAACAUCAGUAAGAAAAUAAUUCAAAAAUAAUUUGCAAAAAAUGUGCAAAACUAACAUCUGUGAAAUACAGGUUGAAAAUCUACUCUUAUCCAGUCCACAGGAUAAGGCCCCCGUUCAUCUUUCUCUGAGUGGGGAAAGUAUUCUUGUUAGAUAUGGGGGGAGAAUUGUGGAAAUAGAAGCUGGAGGGGUCCAAGAAUUGUCCUUGACUUGAAUUUCCCCAAGUCAAAACUGAGAUUGUAAAAGUUGCUCUGGUCAGUUAGUACAGAUCUUUAGUUAAUUUUAUAUCUUGGUUAGAUCUAAGUUAAAAUUAGUUAAAUAGCACAGAUUUGUACUCCAGAUCCCAAACCUGCUGGACCAGAAAGUUUCAACCUGUACUCUGCAAAGAAUUGAUUUCAAACCAGUAGGUUGACUUUUAAACUUCUGACUGUUUGAACUGAAUCCACCUGUAUGUGAGGAAAUGAUGCUUUAUAAUGCUGUAACGUUACAGCAACAAAAGGUGAGGUAGUCGGGGUCAGAAUGUUGCAGUCGUACUUAAACUAGCAGUGUUUGCUGAUUGGAUGUGCUCAAAGUAAAUAGUUAUUAUGCUGGAGUUUGGUGUGUAUUUUUGUAAGCGUAGAGCUCCAAGUGUAUUUACCUACAUUACUUUGAAAAUGUUAUCGUACCCUGUUGAUACCAUGCAUGACCAACCAACUGGUCUCUAUUGAUGGAAAUGCAUCAGAGUGCAAAAGGAAAUUGAACUGGGUUUAUGGAUGUCAAUCAUACCCCAAUUCCCCUUUAUGUUGGUUCCAGUUUACUGGAGGUCUGUUUUCGAUUAAAAUUUAUACAAUUGUUACUCUUCUGCUCUGCCAUGGGUCAUAAUGGAAAUAAUCAGAAUUUUUGUAAAUAAAAUUUAUUUUCCUCAUUUUUGAAUUGCUAUUUGUUAUUAUAGAAGAAUUUUAAUCAAAGUUGAAAUUAACUUAAACCUAUUAAAUCCAUUGCUCACAAUUAGUUUGAAGCUUAAACAAAAAUCUGUCAUUGUUUGAAAGGCUAAUCUUUGUGGUCAGAUUUGAACAUGUCUGUAGUGUGUGAUCUUGUCCUUACAUGACAUGAACCAUUGCUGCUCUAUAUUACCUAUAAGUAAAUCAGUCCCUGAUGAGGAACUAGCAAAAGCUAAUAUAUUGAACAUGAUUUCUGUACUGUUCAUUCCAACAUUUUAAUGUAAAGUCAGGAAGAGUAGUGAAAUUUUGCUAGCAUCUACGAAGUUGUAGUUAAAAGUACUAUUUUUGGUACAAGUGCUCUCUGCACUUUGAAGAGCAUUAUCUCAUUGAAAGCAAAAGAUAUUUCUCUUACUUCCAGUUAAUUACAUGUACCAUCUGUAAUGCAGUGUGUUGAAAGUUCAGUGGCCAGACUGCAGUGUAAUCAUUUAAAUAUUUGGAUAUUAAGGAAUAUGGGGUUAGUAAAGAAAAGUGGCCCUGGGGCAAAUGACCAGCCAUGAUUUAUUCAAUGGUGGAGCAGGUGCAAGGGAGCCAAUGGCCUGCUUCUGGUUUUAUUUUCUUUUUAUUUAGAGAUACAGCACAGAAGAGGCCCUCCCGGCCAUUCGAUCCGAGCUCCCAGCAAUCCUUGACAACCCUGAUUUAACUCGCAGAACAAUUUACAAUGAUCUAUUACUGUACCUGUUAAAUCUCUGGACUGCGGGAGGACACCAGCGCAACUGGGAAAACCGCACGUACAGAGGACGCCAGGAUUGAGCUCCAAACUCCGCCACACCCCGAGCUGUAAUUGCAUCAUACUAACCACUACGCUACUGUUAGAUGUUGCGGUCUUCGCUGAGUUUGGCUGUUAGCUUGCAAUUCAAUUCAGACAUUGCAUCACCAGUUGAGGUGACAUUCUCAGUGCGUAGUUGUUGGUGUUUCUCUCUGGGAAUGCUCACAUUUACAUAGUCCCCUGUUUGCUAGCCUCGGUCCUGAUUGGCUACCCCUGCAGUUGACCUUUGAAUUCUAUUGGCUUGUGUUUCUUUGGCUCUUAGGGGUUAGUAGAUGCUGUCUUAUUUCGAUAUGUUUGUUAACGGCUAUCAGAAAAGAGGCACACUUCUAAAAGUUCUCAUGGUUGUCUGCAAUGUAUGAAUAAGAUGGAGUUAAAACAUUUUUCUAGGACUGCACCAACAACUUGUUUUGGCUGUCUGUUUUCUCCCGCAUAUUAAUACAACAUUCUUUCAUUUAUCGAUAAGCCUUAUCCAUUGCAUUUUUAUUGAGAGCAUUGCAAUUAGUUAUUACCAACAAUGCUUGAUCUAGCAAGAACAAGUUUUAUGGGGCUUUUCUGAAUGUCAAGAACAGUCAUGUCCACUGGUUUGUCUUGAAAUUUUUCUGUAACAAAUUGUUUUCAGCAGCCAGCUUUGCAUGUUACUAAAGGAAAACCCACUGUUCUAAUGAGCAUCUUAUAUGUCUAAUUAAUGCAGACGUGUACAAAGUUUCUUCUGAUUUAGAACAUCCUGAAACAUAACCAUAUAUUUACAUUGUCUGCUUAAGAAAGGUUCAAUAGAGUGACUUAAUAAAAAUUCAUUUACUAGGAGAUGUAACACUUCUCUGCCUCUUCACCUGUCCCUUUGUUUUCCUGCAUGUCUCAAUGCAGUGAUCUUUAUUCAGUGGUGAUCAUGUGCACAGAGGUGAUUAAUAGACAUUUGAUAAUUAUUGCUCCAAAAUAAACUCGUAUUAAUCAGUUUGAAAGUAACAUAUGUUUUGCCUGAGGCUAGAAACCCUCCGGCUUCCCCGCUGAGAGAGAGGCUGCAAGGCAGCAAGGGUAUUGCUCUUCUCAUCACAGGCGUAGGGCCAGCCAGUAGCUUUCAUUGAGAAUUUCGUGGCAUUCAGAAUAUGAUGGGGAUCCCUUUUUUACAAAAAAAAAUUAUAAUAUCAAAUUUGAACAUAGACAGGAGGAAGAUACUUAAAAUAUGGGGAUUUGAUAGUGUAAAUGAAUUAUUCCUUGUGGGUAAUUCACCAUAAGGGAGCAACGUCUUAAAAAUUGGUUGGGCUAUUCAGGGGUUAAAUCUGAUACCUCCCUUCCUUCAAACAAAGGACUGUGGAAACCUAGAACUGUUGUCCAAAAGCUAUGGAUGCUAGGGUAAACUGGAUUUUCAAAGCCUCAGGUUACAUUUUUGGUGGGUAACAGUGUCAAAAGUAUAUUAAAGCAGUUACACUGGGGCCAAGGCACAGGCAUUCAUGAUGUAAUUGAAUGUUAGAAUGGAGGCAGCAAAGGGUAUUGCUGAUCACCCUUGUUCAACAAACUCCUGUAUAGACUUCAAAGUCAAUCUCAGAGUUUAAUAUUGCUGCUAUUGAUAAUCAUUUAAUUUGUUUUCUUUACAAUCAAACCGUUGAAAAGAAUCGCAUUCACAUUCUUUCCCAAAGCACCCAUAAACAAGGAUUUCUUCUUCAGUAGUCAGGUUUUUAUUUACAAAGUCUUUAAUAAUUUACUAAAAACUUAGUAGAUCUUUAUCAGUCAAGGUGACCCAUAUUUAAAUUAUUACCUUGAUGUUAAUUUGGAUCAAUUGUGUAAAAUAUGAGGUAUCACAAGGUGCCCUUUAGAAUAUAACUUAGUGAUUCUAAUACAUUUGACAAGCAUAUUAUCAUCUAAGGGAAUAUAUUUUACGGAGUUAUUUAAAAUUUAAAAAGAAAGAAAUCUGGAAGUUCAUAGCCAUAUUUUCACUGAAACUUCUCUAUUGAAAAUCUCAUACACAGUUUGCUAACAUUGGUUAACAUUAAAUGAUAAAGUUGUAGUUACAUAAAUUCUAAUGUCUUCAAAUCUUUUGUAACUUAUUAUAUUUAAACCAUCCUAAAUUCUAUUUUAAAAUGUACAAAUUGAUAAAUAACUGUCUGGUUAAUACUGAAAAUGGAGCCACUGUUUUUUGAUGGUCAGUAUUUGAUGACUAUUGUUUUAUUAAAUAUUAAAGUUAUGGUUGAAUCUUA